CGGGACUUCCGGGAACGAGGUAUUUUCUUUCCGGUUGUUGGCUCCUGCAGGCCCCACCCCGACUGGGCCCUGCGCCCCCCGCCCCCCGCGGCCCCCAGCCGCCGGGCCCGCCGCCACCAUGAAGAAAUUCUUCCAGGAGAUCAAAGCUGACAUCAAGUUCAAGAGCGCGGGACCUGGUCAGAAGCUCACGGAGUCCGUGGGGGAGAGGGCCCCCAAAGAAAAACCCAACCAGCCAGCACUGCGGCAACCCCGCCAGGGACCCACUGAUGAGGCCCAGAUGGCGGCCGCGGCAGCCCUGGCCCGGCUUGAACAAAAGCAGCCAAGGUCCCGGGGCCCCACGUCGCAGGAGUCCAUCCGGAACCAGGUGAGAAAGGAACUUCGAGCUGAAGCGACUGUCAGCGGGAGCACAGAGGCCCCGGGGACCAACACGGUGCCCGAGGCCAAAGAGGAAGGCUCAGCCCAUCUGGCGGUGCCCAGUGUGUGCUUCACGUGCCCGCUCACCGGGGCCACGCUCAGGAAGGACCAGCGGGAUGCCCACAUCAAAGAGGCCAUUCUUUCGCACUUCUCCACCGACCCUGUGGCUGCCUCCAUCAUGAAGAUCCACACGUUCAACAGAGACCGGGACAGGGUGAAGCUGGGUGUGGACACCAUUGCCAAGUACCUGGACAACAUCUGCCUGCACCCCGAGGAGGAGAAGUACAGGAAGAUCAAGCUGCAGAACAGAGUGUUCCAGGAGCGCAUUAACUGCCUGGAAGGGACCCACGAGUUUUUUGAGGCCAUCGGUUUCCAGAAGGCGCUGCUUCCGGUUCCCGAUCAGGGUAAGGGAGGUAGAGCAGGGUCUUGGCUGUGCUGGGAAGAGGAGAGCAGGGUGGGGGCCUCUCCCUGCGGCAGCAGAGUGACCUCUGUGCGUGCCCCAGAGGGCCCCGAUGAGUUCUACGUGCUGAGCGAGGCCGCCCUGGCCCAGCCCCAGAGCCUGCAGAGGCACAAGGAGCAGCUGCUGGUCGCCGAGCCCGUGCGGGCCACACUGGCCCGCCAGCGCCGGGUCUUCCGACCCUCGCCCAUGGCCUCCCAGUUUGACCUGCCCGGGGACUUCUUCAACCUCACGGCAGAGGAGAUCAAGCGGGAACAGAGGCUCAGGUCCGAGGCCGUGGAGCGGCUGAGCGUGCUGCGGACCAAGGCCAUGCGGGAGCGGGAGGAGCAGAGGGAGAUGCGCAAGUACACCUACACGCUGCUGCGCGUCCGCCUCCCCGACGGCUGCCUCCUCCAGGGGACCUUCUAUGCCCGGGAGCGGGUGGCUGCCCUGUACGCAUUCGUCCGGGAGGCCUUGCAGAGCGACUGGCUGCCUUUCGACCUGCUGGCCUCGGGCGGGCAGAGGUUGUCGGAGGACGAGAGCCUGGCCUUCAACGAGUGCGGGCUGGUGCCCUCGGCCCUCCUGACCUUCUCGUGGGACGCAGCAGUGCUAGAGGACAUCAGGGCCGCCGGGGCCGAACCGGACCCAUCUAUUCUGAAACCUGAGCUCCUGGCAGCCAUUGAGAAGCUCUCGUGAAAUAAAAGCAGGGUCGGCUUUAGCCCA